ACAGUUCCCUUUAAAGGAAGCAUUAGACUCGUGCGGCUCCAAGUAGCCUCAGAUUACGACGAAAAAAAGAGAAAAAAUUCUUCCAGCGACAUGUCAUUUUCAAGUGAUUCCGCUGAAGCUGUAUGCGAUGAUCAUGAGAAAGGAUUUCCAUCAAAUAACUCAGCAAGUUCCGAGAACGGAUAUCAGUUUUUGACUCCGAAAACACCACUGCAUCGUUCAUUGAGUUCAGCAAGUACUGUAACCAGUUCAGGUCUGUUCAGGCCUGUGCAAGUAGAAAAUUUAGGGGAUAUUAAUGCAGAAAAUAAGAACUCAGAUUAUAAGAGAGUUGCUAUGAGCGUUUCAAGUUCUUCAUCACUUGAGUCAAGGACUCCAAAAAGUGACAAGAAUUCUCCAAAUUUGGGGACAACUCCAAAGUCAGCUAUGUGGGUUCUUAACACUAACAGCAGUUCCACUAGCUCUGAAGUAUCUUCAUCGAUUUCUGUUCUCUCGCCAUCUACCAUUGAAUUUCCAAAUUCAUGUUCAGAAUUUUCAAAUUCUUCUGGGGAUGACACUAUGCUUCGGACCAUUGACGAACCGUUGCUGCAGCGUUUUAUUGCAUCGGAUGGCCGAUACGUGUACGGAUACAAAGAUUCCGAUGAACUCAGGAUUCAUCCUUUAAGACUGUACGCGUCUCUAAGCGACCGAGAAAGUCACAACGAAAAGGAGAGAAAGCGAAGGAGCCGGGUAGCCGAAGCCUGCAGCACUUUAAGACACUUGAUACCGGGAAUAAGUGAGAAAACUGACAAAGCUACUGUGUUCGAAGCGGCAGCAAGGUACCUGCAAUAUAUAAGAAAGAAAUUUGGAACAGAGUUUGAUGAAGCUUAUUGUUUAAAGUAUUUUCCUGACGAAAGCUGUGAUAAAAUAAUUGGUUGAAUCUUUUAAAACCGCUCUUGAGACUUUGAUAUUUAUUUUGUGUUUUAAAUUCAUGCCAAAACGACAACACUGUGAAGAGUUAA